AUGUCUUCCCCCACGCGCAUUCCUUCGGUAACACUGCAGGAUGGCACCAAGAUCCCCGUGCUCGGCUUCGGCACCGGCACGGCGUGGUACAAGCCCGACCGCUUCUCUGACUUCAACCCGGACAUGGUCAAGAUGCUCAAGGACGCCAUCGCGGCCGGCUAUCGCCAUCUUGACACGGCCGAGGGCUACGGCACCGAGAACGAGCUCGGGCGGGCCAUCAAGGAAAGCGGUGUGCCCCGGAACGAGCUUUUCGUCACCACGAAGCUGGCUCAAACCAUCAGCGAGGGCAGCGUUAAGGACGUAACUGUUGGCUUCGAAAAGUGCUUGGAACGCCUUCAGCUAGAAUAUGUCGACUUGCUUUUGCUCCAUACCCCAUACGCCAACAAGGACAGCACGUACGACAAAGCCGCUGUCGCCGAGGCGUGGAGGCUCAUUGAGGCCAUCCACCGCUCUGGCAAAGCCCGUGCCAUUGGCGUCUCCAAUUUCCGGCGGGUGCACGUCGAAAACUUGCUGAAGACGGCCGAGAUCAAGCCUGUCGUCAACCAAAUCCAGUUCCACCCCUACAUCAAGGGCGCGCCCGAGUACGCCAAAUGGCUGCAGUCUCAGGGCAUUGCCGUACAGAGCUGGAUGGGCCUCGCGCCCAUCACGUGGCUGCGACAGAGGCACCUUGAGGACACCUUGGAGGAGCUCUCUGCCAAGUAUGGCGUCAGCAAGAGCACCAUCUUGAUCCGCUGGCAGCUUGACCAGCAGAUCAUUGUCCUGAAUACCACGAAGAAGGUCGAGCGGAUGAAAGAGUAUUUUGCGGCUCUGGAGUUCAAGCUGAGUGAUGAGGAUCGUUCCAAGAUCACGGAGAUUGGCCAAGAAACGCAUUUGCGCGUCCCCGUUCCGGAGCUGUUUGAUGGUGGAGAUCAUAGCCCCUCUGUCUGCCGGCAGGCGCAACCGACGCUACCGCUCAACGUCAACGUCAGCGUCAACGCCGACGCCAACGCCAACGGCCGGCUCGCGACUCCCGACCGUCCUCAACCUCCCGCCGGUUCCCCCUCCCGCCGGUUCCCCCUCCCGCUGAGCGCCCCAGCUCCCGCAACCAGACCAACCGCCGUCGUCUUCGUCUCGCAUCCGCCGCUGCGCAGCGCGGGCACGUACAUGGGCAGCCCGACCCGUCCCAGCAGCGCCUCGGCUGCCUCCUCCUCGACCACCACCGCCCCCAUCCACCUCUCCUCCAAGGCCUCGGCCGCCGCCCCGAAGCUCAACAGCGAGAUGGAGAUGGGCAGCCUGCCCGCCGACGCGGCGAACCCGCCGGCGGCGCCCGACAGCGACAUCAUGCAGGUCGCCCGCGUCGGCGACAUUGCCGCCAUGGAGAAGCUCUUCGAGUCGGGCGAGUUCGACGCGACGUAUGCCGACGAGGAGGGCAUCACGCCGCUACACUGGGCAUCCAUUAACAACCAGUAUGCCAUGUGCAAGUUCCUCAUCGAGCACGGCGCCGAGAUCAACAAAAAGGGCGGCGAGUCCAUCGCGACGCCCCUGCAGUGGGCGGCCCAGCGCUGCCACUACUACACGGUCAACCUGCUGCUCCAGCACGGCGCCGACCCCCUCAUCACCGACGCCCAGGGCUACAACACACUGCACAUCUCCACCUUCAACGGCAACGUCCUGCUCAUCACCCUGCUCCUCCACCAGGGUAUCCCCGUCGACGUCCUCGACAGCUUCGGCCACACCUCGCUCAUGUGGGCCGCCUACAAGGGCUUCCCCCAGUGCGUCGACGUCUUCCUCCGCUGGGGCGCCAGCGUCCACGCCGCCGACGAGCAGGGCUUCACCGCGCUGCACUGGGCGCUUGUCAAGGGCAACCCGGGCUGCAUCCUCAAGAUCAUCGAGUAUGGGGCCGACCGCUUCGCCAAGACCGAGUCGGGCAAGACGCCCGCCGUCACUGCCACCGAGCUCAACACCCAGGGCGCCUGGCAUCGCGCCCUGCGCGAGUGCGGCUACGAUGAGGACGGUCACGUCGCGACGCCGCCCUGGCCCGGCUCCAGCUACUUCCUCAAGGACAAGCGCGCCUUCGCCACCCGCUUCCUCUUCCUCUGGCCCUUCCUCCUCACCUGGGGCGUCCUCUUCGUGCUCUCGCGCUUCCCCGUCAUACUGGGCAUCCCGCUGGCCCUGCUCACAAUCUAUGCCAGUCUCGCCAGCGCCAAGCAAGUGCUCGAAUACGCCCCGUCCGAUAUGCGCCACUUUCACAAGACGCCCUGGAUGGCCGGCAUUUUCGCCGGCUCCCUGUUCUUCGUCGGCCUGGACUGGCUCUUUGUCGUACUGCCCGGCACGACGCGCACCGGGACUUCGGGGGCGUCCCCGCACUACAUACUCAACCUGGUGUUCGCCGUCCUGUACUGCCUCACCACCUUCUUCUAUAUCGCGAGCAUGCGAUAUGAUCCCGGCUUCGUGCCCAAGCUAAAUGGCAUUGCCGAGCAGCGAGCCGUCAUUGACGACUUGCUCAAGGAGUGGAAGUAUGACGAGGCCAACUUUUGUGUUACGUGCAUGAUAAGAACACCGCUUCGGAGCAAACACUGCAGGAGGUGCCAGCGUUGCGUAGCCAAGCAUGACCACCACUGCCCGUGGGUGUACAACUGCGUCGGCGUCAACAACCACAGGCACUUCUUCCUGUACCUUGUCUGCUUGACCUUUGGCAUCUUCGCCUACGACUGGUUGCUCUACUACUAUUUUGGCAACAUCUCGGCAGACGCGUCAGACCAAUGCACCCUCUUCGGGGCCGGUCUAUGCAAGAUGCUCAAUUCGGACGCGUACACGCUCAUCCUGGCCGUGUGGAUCUCGCUGCAGCUCAUCUGGGUCACCAUGCUCGUCUUCACCCAGUUCUUCCAGGUGUCGCGCGCCAUGACGACGUACGAAAACAUGACGGGCAUCCACAUUAGCCCUGCCGUAACGGCACUCACGUCCACCGGCACGCCGCUCGACCCCAACCUGGCGUCGCUCGCAGCGCCGGGUGACACGCCCAGUGCCGCCAACAAGCAUCGCGGUGGCAUGCUGAAGCAGUGGAGCCGGCUCCUCGGCGUCGACCCGUUCAUCGAGACCAUCACCGGACGCGGGGCGGCGGCCGGCAAGAACAAGCGCAAGAAGAAGAACCCGUACAGCCGGGGCUGUCUGUCCAACUGCAAGGAUUUCUGGUGCGAUCCGGCACCCAUCUUUGGGCAGCGCGAGAACGGCACCGCCGUGCUCGGGGGUGCCAAGGUGGAUUACACAGUCAUGUACGAGAGCCCGACGCUCAUGCGGCUCACCGGCAUGCGGACAAGAGGGGGAUACGAGGCGGUUGGCACGGAGGAGGUCUGA